AUGUCUGACAUUGGAUAUACCUUGAUCUACGAGCCGAACACGGCCAGUAAGACCUCCAUAAGUGAGUUCAGAUCAUUAUUAGAGAAAGGGAAAGAUGAAGUCAAAAUUGAUGCUAUGAAAAGAAUUUUAAUCACCAUUCUCAAUGGUGAUCCUUUACCUGACUUAUUGAUGCACAUCAUCAGAUUUGUUAUGCCAUCUAAAAAUAAAGAAUUGAAAAAAUUGUUGUAUUUUUACUGGGAAGUUUGUCCUAAAUUAGAUGACCAUGGAAAAAUGAGACAAGAAAUGAUUCUUGUUUGUAAUGCUAUUCAACAUGAUUUGCAGCAUCCAAAUGAGUAUAUUAGAGGUAAUACUUUGAGAUUUUUAUGUAAAUUAAAAGAACCAGAUUUGUUGGAAACUUUAGUUCCAAAUGUUCGUCAAUGUCUCGACCAUCGUCAUGCUUACGUUAGAAAAAAUGCCGUCUUUGCCCUUUAUUCUAUCUACAAAGUUUCUGAUCAUUUGGUUCCAGAUGCAGAUGAAUUGAUUUACAGAUUCUUAUAUGAUGAGACUGAUUCUGUUUGUAAAAGAAAUGCUUUUGUUUGCUUAAGUGACUUGAACAGAGUUGCAGCUUUACAAUAUAUUCAAGAUAAUGUGGCUCUUAUUGAAACCUUGGAUCCUUUGUUACAAUUGGCGUUUAUCGAGUUUAUCAGGAAAGAUUCUGUUACUCAUCCUAAUUUGAAACAACAAUAUGCUCAAUUGAUCACUGAAAUCAUUGAAAGUUCAUCAAAUGUUGUUAUUUAUGAAGCAGCUAUUACUUUGACUGUUUUAUCCUCAAGUUCUCAAUCAAUCUUGUUGGCUGGUAACAAGUUUGUCGAAUUAGCCACCAAGGAAGCUGAUAAUAAUGUGAAAAUUAUUACAUUGGAGAGAAUUGAUGACCUUCAUAAGCAACACCCGGGUAUAUUACAAGAUUUAUCCUUGGAAAUCUUGAGGGUUUUAACUACUCAAGAUUUAGACGUUCGUAAAAAAGCCUUGGAUGUUACUUUACAGUUUAUUACUAGUAGAAAUGUUGAGGAUGUUGUCAAAUUAUUGAAAAAAGAAUUACAAAGAACUUCUACAAUUAAUGAAGAUAAAAAUUCUGAAUAUAGACAAUUAUUGAUUAAUGCUAUUCAUCAAUUAGCUAUCAAAUUCGUCGAGGUUGCAGCUAACGUAAUUGACUUAUUAUUAGAAUCUAUUACUGACUUGAAUACAUCUGCCGCUUACGAUGUUAUCACUUUCGUUAAGGAAGUUGUUGAAAAAUUCCCAGAUUUAAGACAACCAAUUUUGUCCCGUUUAAUUCAAACUCUUCCAUCUAUCAAAAGUGGUAAAGUAUUCCGUGGCUCCUUAUGGAUUAUUGGUGAAUAUUCCUUAGAGGAAAAAUUAGUUCAAGAUGCAUGGAAAUUUAUUAGAUCUAGCAUUGGUGAGGUCCCAAUUUUAACUAGUGAAAAAAGGGCUUUGGAAAAUAAAAAGGAUGCUUCUGGUGAAAGCGAUGAUUUACAUGACUCUAAGAAUGUUAAGAAGGGUCCUGUGGUUUUACCAGAUGGAACUUACGCUACUGAAAAUGCUUUUACCGCAGAGGUUUCUACUGAAAAUGAUGACGAUGAUUCUUUCACAAUCCGUAAGCUUGUAUUAGCCGGUGAUUUUUACUUAGGUUCUGUUUUGGCUUCUACCUUAGUUAAGCUUGUUUUAAGAUUACAUCGUAUUAAAACCCAAGAAAAGAUUCUCAAUGCUUUGAAAGCAGAAGCAUUGUUAAUUAUGGUUUCCAUUUUACGCGUUGGUGAAUCGUCGUUUGUUAGCAAGAAAAUUGAUGAGGAUUCUGCUGAUAGGAUUUUCAGUUGUAUCAAAUUUUUAACUAAUGAUGAAGAUGUUGAAUUGAUUGAAAGUGGUUUCUUAGAUGAUACUAAAGAUGCAUUCAAAGCACAAAUUGAAACUGAAGAAAGCAAUAAAGCAAGAGCAGAAGCUAAAGAUUUCCAUGACAAUGCUGAACAAGUUGACGAUUCCAUAGUUUUCAGGCAAUUUGAUAAAGACGGUUCUGGUCUGGGCAAAGCAGCUGUCGAUGAUGUUACUUUAGCUGCCGGAAGUGACUUGAAGAAAGAAGAUUUAUCAUCCAAAUUAAAGAGAAUCUUACAAUUGACUGGUUUUUCAGACCCUAUAUAUGCUGAAGCCUUUGUUAAGGUUCAUCAAUACGAUGUUGUGUUGGACGUUUUAUUGGUAAAUCAAACAACCAAUACUUUGCGUAACUUAUCCGUUGAAUUUGCUACAUUGGGUGAUUUGAAAGUUGUUGAUAAACCUGCCACAGCCAACAUUGGUCCACAUGGAUUCUAUAAAAUUCAAACUACUAUCAAAGUUACUUCAGCGGAUACUGGUGUUAUCUUUGGUAAUAUCGUUUAUGAUGGUCAGCAUUCAGAUGAAUCAACUAUUGUUAUACUAAACGAUGUUCAUGUUGACAUCAUGGAUUAUAUUAAACCAGCCACUUGUACCGAAAGCUCGUUCCGUAAGAUGUGGAAUGAAUUCGAAUGGGAAAACAAGAUAACUAUUAAAUCACAAAUGGAUUCUUUGAAAGAAUACCUUGACGAGCUCAUGAAAGGUACAAACAUGAACUGUUUAACGCCUGGGGCCAUUAUUGGUGAAGAAUGUCAAUUUUUAUCUGCAAACUUAUAUUCUCGCUCAUCAUUUGGAGAAGAUGCAUUGGCCAAUUUAUGUAUUGAAAAACAAACGAAUGGCCCUAUCAUCGGUCAUGUUAGAAUUAGAUCUAAGGGUCAAGGUUUGGCUUUGUCUUUGGGUGAUAGAGUUGCUUCUAUCUCUCGUAAAACAAAGAAGGCACCAGUCACUAAAGUUUAA